AUGAGAGCAUGUAUUGUUAAAUCUCUCUCUCUUCUUCCCUCUCUCUCUCUCUCUCUCUCUCUCUCUCUCUCUCUCUUCUCUCUCUCUCUGUGUUUCUCACUCUCUGAUACGGACAUUUUAAAAUUUUAUGGCUCCAAAGAAUUAAGCCGGCAAAAAAAAAAGAAUCUAUCGACGAAUCUGUUUCGCGACAUAGAGACGUCGGCACGUGUUUGUAAGGCUUUGCAGGUGCGUCUCACCGAGGAAAUUGAUAAGGCGAACUAUACCGGUGCUGUUUCAAAUCUAUCUAUCUAUCUAUCUAUCUAUCUAUCUAUCUAUCUAUCUAUCUAUCUAUCCCAGUUAGUUCAUCUAUCUGUUCUAUCUAUCUAUCUAUCUAUCUAUCUAUCUGUUCAAUCUAUCUCAGUCAGUUCAUAUCUAUCUAUCUAUCUAUCUAUCUAUCUAUCUAUCUAUCUAUCUAUCUAUUUCAAUAUCUAUCUCAUUUGUUCGUAUUUGUCUGUCUAUCACAGUAUGUUCAUAUCUAUCUAUCUAUCCAUCUAUCUAUCUAUCCCAGUCUGUUCAUAUCUAAGUCUGUUCAGAUCUAUCUCUGUUAGUUCAUAUCUAUCUAUCUAUCUAUCUAUCUAUCUAUCUAUCUAUCUAUCUAUCUAUCUAUCUCAUUCUGUUCAUAUCUAUCAUAUAAAGCUAGCAUUAACCGACUAA